UUAUGUGUACCUUUGUAUUUUACAUGUGUUUGAUGGUAUUAUGACAAGUCAAAUGACAACAGCAAACCAAUAUUUAUUGUCACCGAGUGCGUAAUAGCUAAACUUGCUAUUAGUUUAAACACAUUUUCUUCAGUGACAGUUUGUACUUUAUCGUGGCCAAAAUCUUAAAAUACAAAUAAAAUCACAAACUCAGAUGCAUUAUCCUGUUGGUCAUAAUAGAUCUUUAAUGAUCAUCUUGUUGGUGGCGUAUAUUAUACGAGUCGGCAGCGGUAGGCCGCUGGAAGAACGGGAAUUCCCAGAGCCUCCUCAGCCGGGCACCUCGUCGACGCCACCGUUCCGGCUGCUGGAUUCCGCGCAGCGUACGGCCGAGGCACUGGCGCGGGACACGGCUCGAGUGUCGAACAAAGUCUGGUGGACCGUCGGCAAGCUGCUACUGUCGGCGGGCGAGUCCGUCAACCACUUGUGGGACGCGGCCCUGAACGUCUCUGUCCAGCUGCUCAAGGCCGGCGGCGCGGCGUGCGGCUCGAUUGCCGAACGGUUGGCCAACGUGCCGGUGAUCGGGUACGGAGCGUCCGGCGUCCACCAGGCGGUCGACGUGGCGGUGAACGCGGUGGCCAGCAACGUGGCCCACGACUCGAUGGUCAGGAGUCAGGCGUACGCGGUGCUCAAAGCCAAGCUGAACGAGAGCGGGGACCGCCUGCGGCCGUCCACGGUCGAGACGAGCGCUCCGGCGGCACCGCUGACCACGGCCACUGAUCAGCAGGGCCCGGUCUCAUUUUUUCCACUCGGAUAGCGCAGUCAAGCGUGCUUUGCAUAACACGUGAUAUCCAACAACAUCGAGAGCCCUACUAUGCACGCGCAUGCGCCACAAUAAUAUGUUAUAGACGUCAGCUGCACACCUACUCUACUUCAGCGAUUGACUAUAGGGGAAACAAAACUAUGGGGCCACACUAACCACUGUUCUGAUAACUAUUUGAAAAUUGUGUUCCUUAGCUUGUAUAUAAUCCCCGUAAAACCGUCAUAUUAUCUCAUAUUUUAAUAGUACGUUUUCUUCAGCAGGUUAUACUCUAGACCUUAUACUACUAGACAAAUAAUUUGUAUAACCACAUCAUCAAGAGGUAAAACAUCUCACAGUGAUGAAGGCUGUCUUGAGGACAGAAUACAACUAUCUAUACAUAUAAGUAACUUACUACCCUGCAAUACCAAACAAUAUGUUAUGAGUAACUCAGUAACCAAAAGGGCCCUUUAUCUCAUGCCGCUUUCCAUAUACUCGUUACUUGCGUAAUAGUAUAAUAUAUGGUCUAUGGUUAUAAGAAAACAGGCACUUUUAAUUUUUAUACAUUUAGUGGUUUUCAAGUUUUUUUAAGAUAUCAAUGUUACAAAUACCAUUAUUUGACUAAUCGCAAUAACUUAUAUGAACAGGGACGGUAUUUUAGAAUUAUUUUUUCGAGAAGCUACGAAAGGGGUGUCAUCUCUUAGUAACACCUAGUCAAAACUGUGUACCAUCCAAAGCACUCCUCACUAAAAUAUAGUAAAUAUUUUUUUUCGGCUUAAUAAUAUAGCAUAAAUAUCUGAAAAAUAAAAUUUUGGACUUAGUUUUCCCACCCUCCUCCCUACCACUCGUAAGCUCUUAACCUCAUCACUGUUCUUAAAAAAAACAUACCAACAAAAUGACUAGAAAACAUGAAUAAUGUUAUCGUCUUUAGGCCUGUGUUUACGAGCUGGGAUAAUAAAUGUUUGUGCACCUAAUGUAUCAUCACUUAUCAGAUUAUCAGGUUACCAGGGCAGAUUAAAAAAAGAAUAAAAUGGUUUAGAAAUUAAAACGAAAGAAAUUGACCUUGGUUCAUAAGUCACAAUCUAUAAUAUAGUAUAAAUGUAUAAUAUGGUCUUACCAUUUCAUAUCUGCACUUUGAAAACUCGUCCAAAUUUUAAAACACAAAUUAUAAAAUAAGUUACACAAAUUCAACUAUAGUGGAAAACAAUAAUUCAACUUGUAUAGUAUCUGUAUUAUAAGUGUAUAAAUAAUAGAUCAAUAAUUAACGAUGGGGGUCUUUAACAGAUCCAUUGACGCUGAGAUCAAUUUUUCAAAUGACAUAUCAUAGUCAUUAUAAUAUUAUAAUAUUAUUUAUACCUGUAAGUUAGAAUGCGUGUAUUCGUUACAAAUUUUUAAUUAGUCUAGUGAAAUAACAAAAUGUAUAAUAAUAUAGUUAUGAUCAAAACCUUAUACCUACAGGCUACAAUAUACUAUACAGUGGUUUUUGAACUAUGUUCCAUGGGUAGAGGUUCUGUGAGAGCAACAAAGGACGGCAGCACAUCCAAAUUUAAUAUUAUUGCCUAGUUGAUUGUAAAUUUUAAUCAUCGUUGUUUAUAAUGGUAUUAUAAUUUUUUUUUUUAAAUUGAUAUUCCUGGUUUAUGGGCUCUUUGGAUUUUUUACACAACUUGAGGGCUGUAUGAUCAAAAAAGUUGGAGAACCACUGCAAUAAUAGGUUUAUUGUACAUUGUAACUUAUAUUAUAUUUAACAACAAAAGAAAAUAAGAUAAUA